GCUUCACAAACACGGCCACACGGAAACUCAACUCCAUUAUAUAUAUGGACUCUGUUUUGUCAUUUGUGGGUCUCCUCACCUUUUCUUGUGUGGCCAUAGACCUAUAGCUAUUCAUUCAUCAAUUAUCAAUCUCUCUCUCUCUCUCUCAAUGAGAAACAACACGCACAACAAAAUAUGACAACCAAAGGAACUCACUCUGAACCCAACACAGAGUGUUGCAUGUGUGGGGAUCAUGGCUUCUCUGAUCAGCUUUUUCAAUGCAAAGUCUGCCAAUUCAGAUCUCAACACAGAUACUGCAGCAAUCUGUACCCCAAGCCAGAGUCUCUUGGAACCUGCAAUUGGUGUUUGAGUCAGAGAGAGGACACCAAAGAGAAAUCAACCAAUUCUUCAAAUUCCUCCUCGUCUCAAAGGAACAACGACGAUGAGAGCAGGAUCAAGAAAAUUAGGAAUGGUGCUCAAAAUAUUGGGGUCAAGAAAGGAGUGAAAGGGAGUGUUCCUCCUCUCCAAAUUCAGAAACCCAUUAAGAAACCAAAGUCACGAGAGUCAUCAAGAUCACCAUCAGCAUCCACAUCCCCACAAAAAUCUUCACCGGUUUUGGUUUCAACCCGCAAGAGAAUAGUCACCAACGGUGCCUUGGAAGAGAGAUUGAGGAGGACCAGGUCAGAAGACAUCACAAAUAGAACUGGUGCCACUGCCACCAAACAGGUCUUCAGGAAUAAGGUCAGAAGGUAUAAGCUUUUGGAUGAAGUUUCAAGUUAAAAUAAUAAUAAUAACAACAACAAUAAUAAAAGGUUUUGAAUGAAGAGAGAGUUAUGUAAAAGAUGAGCAAUCUAUACACAAGAAAGAUAAGGUCACGGUUUUUGGUUGCUUUUGCCUUUUUUCCCUUCAAAGUUUUGUCCCAAUACAUGUACAGAACAAUGGUGAAUUAAUGAAUGAGCAAAAAGUAUUUUACAGUUUAGACUCACCAUCACUUGACCGUUGCCAUUCAUUCCCUUUUUAUAUUCUCUUCUCGAUUGUCAUCAUAAUUUACAAGGAAUUUAGGAUUCAGUUUGUCAGUGGAACUCUCAAUGCGGUUUGAAGAAGAGUGCUCUAAAUGCAUAAUUAAUCAUGUGUCAUCAAUUAGGCUAUUUAGGUAGUUUGCUAUUGGUGAAGAGUUUGAUAAUUUGCUUGAUUAGUUUUAGGUUCGAUCUUCAUGGUAACAAAAAAUCAAAUACCCUCUUCUAUUUUCCUGAAAAACAUAACGGCAUGAGCUCUAUUCAAUGACUUGGGAGGAAAAUUGGAGAAGCAAAGCAUGCUUAACGUUUUGUUUUUCCAAAUUUAAUGUGAAUGAGAUUAAGGUGAUUGAAAGAGGUGCAAGACUCUUGAGGCUUAAGUGCUUAACUGCUAAGUGAUUCAUGAUAACCACGCGUCUUGCAUGCCAAAAAGUCUAUAGGAUAGGAAGAACGUUUCUAAAAGUUUGCUAGAAAUUUCUAGGCAACAUCGGCACACGCUUUGAAGUGGGGCUUGGUCCUUGACGUAGAAUCGAUUAACACAUAGUACAAGACAAGGGGGUCAACUGCACAUGGAAAUUCAUUUCUUUAAGUACUUGCAAACAUGAAAUGAUACCUCUAAACAGAGAUUUUCUUUUAAGGGGUAAUUGCGUAUCGUUCACUUUGUCCACCAUCAAUUUACUUUGAAAUUUUUAAUUGAU